AUGAAUAAAAAUUUAACAUUCAUUCAAAAAAAAAAAAAAAAAAAAAGUGCUAAGAUGCAAAAUGAUAAAUGGAUGCCUUUUUUUUUAGAACAACCUAAAUACAGUGGAUGCCUACAUUCGCUUAUCUGAUACAGUGAUUAUUGUGGGUUGGAUUUGCAAAACUUGAGCCCACCCAAACCCAGGCAAGUCGAAUUUUCUAGUCCAGAUAAAAUACAAGUAUAAUAUAACAAAAACAUGGGCCAUUUAUUUACAACUCGAUAGGCCCAAUUAUAGAAGCCCUUAGUAGUAUUUUAAACGUGACUCUACCUAAAAAUGGAAAAGGAUUUGAUGAUGCAUAACAGCCACAUGAUUUAAGAGUACUUGAUGAUACGAAAAUUAAACGCGCCAAAAAUGCCACAUGGUAUACAGUCGUAAGCCGAAGGACUGACACAUUACGAGACAUUGAAUAGUAUACGAGACACCGACUGUUGUUCCUUUUAUGACCGGCAACUAUUGUACGAGACAUUGACUGUUGUUCCUUUUACAGCCUACCAGUGAUGCACUAGUCACCGACUGUUCCAAAUCGGGGAAGUUUCGAUCCUAUGUCUAAACUAAUUCUUAGUUGUUUCAUCGUGCUUCCUGGAAGGCCGAGAAUUACAAUACUUAAAACGUUUUACAGUAACCAUAACUGAACUGUUCUGGACCACAAUUAACCAAUGGUUAUGGUCUCUUAGAAUCGAAAAUUAGUGAAAUAUUUAACUCCAUUUAUAGAAUAGAAUACUAUAGAAUUUAGUACACCUGACAUAGGAAGUUUCAUUACGAAGGAAAUUUUAAGUGUUGCAAAUUUUAGUUAAUUUCAUAAGUAAUAGAUAUAGCUUUCUAUUUUAAUUAUUCGUGCUUUGAGUAUUUUUAAAAAUUUAUAGGCUGGCUAACUGAAAUAUAUAAUAUGUUAUGGAAUAAUUAUAAAAUUAUCCGUAGAGUUUAGGCUAAUAAUAUACAUGCAUUGUCACCCAAGAAAAAAACAACUACCAUGUAUAUGCAUGAGAUAUUGACAAAAUCGCGGAUUCGUUAGAACUUAGAAUGUUUUUCUUCCAACAUGUAAAGCACAUUUAACUCCCACCGAUUACAACAAGAGCUAGUGCCUAUAUAUAGCUAGCUUUGCUAAUUCCUCAUCACCUCACUUCAAAAACAAAUACAAACUAUUCCAUUCAAACUCCAACACAACCUAAGAUAUAAUUUUCCCAAGUUGAGUAACAAUGCUCGACUCCACCUCAUUGCUUGCGUUUAUUCUAGGUUUUCUCAUCCUUACAUUCACAGUGAAGCGUAAGGAAUCGAAGAAAACCGUGUUGGUGACUUCAUACACAAGAAACCUCCCUCUCCCUCCCGGACCAAAACCCUGGCCUAUAAUUGGAAACCUACCGGAAAUACUAUGGAGGAACAAACCGGUGUUUCGUUGGAUACAUUCCCUCAUGGAAGAACUCAACACUGAUAUUGCAUGUAUCCGUCUCGCCAAUACUCACGUGAUUCCCGUGACAUCCCCUCGUAUUGCACGGGAGAUUCUGAAGAAGCAAGACUCCAUUUUCGCCACUAGACCGCUAACUAUGGGUACGGAGUACAGCAGCCGCGGGUACUUAACCAUUGCGGUGGAGCCACAAGGCGAACAGUGGAAGAAGAUGAGGAGAGUGGUGGCAUCUCACGUGACGUGUCAGAAGAGCUUCAGAUGGACGCUCGAGCAGAGAACCGAAGAGGCCGAUAACCUCGUACGGUACAUCAAUAAACUUUGUAAGGGUUCUGAGGGUAUUGAUGUUAGGCAUGUGGUGCGGCAAUACAGCGGUAAUGUAGCUCGGAAGAUGUUGUUUGGUGUAAGGCAUUUUGGCAAAGGAAGUGAAGAUGGAUCUGGACCGGGGUUCGAGGAGAUUGAACAUGUUGAUUCUUUGUUUAAGGUUGUAACGCAUCUUUACGCCUUUGCAUUGUCGGAUUAUGUCCCGUGGCUAAGGUUCUUGGACUUGGAAGGCCACGAGAAGGUCGUGAGUGGUGCAAUGAGGAAUGUAAGUAAGUACAACGAUCCUUUGGUCGACAAAAGACUCGACCUAUGGCGUAAUGGGAAGAUGAACGAGCCUCAAGAUUUUCUCGACAUGCUUAUAUUGGCGAAGGACACCAACGGGAAGCCUGCUCUGUCGGACGAAGAGAUCAAAGCACAAGUGACGGAACUAAUGUUGGCAACGGUGGAUAAUCCGUCGAAUGCGGUAGAAUGGGCCAUGGCGGAGAUGAUUAACGAACCGAACAUCAUGAAGAAAGCCGUGGAGGAGGUCGAUAGGAUAGUUGGAAAGGACCGCUUGGUCCUUGAAUCCGACCUCCCAAAUCUCAACUAUUUGAAGGCUUGUGUGAAAGAGGCGUUCCGGUUACACCCAGUGGCACCGUUCAAUCUCCCACACAUGUCGACGGCUGAUGCAGUGGUGGACGGUUACUUCAUUCCCAAGGGAAGUCACGUGCUGAUCAGUCGUUUAGGGAUCGGGAGAAACCCUAACGUGUGGGAUAAGCCGCUUAAGUUCGACCCUGAGAGACAUUUGGGCGAUAACAAAAACGUGGAGCUGAACGAUCCAGAUCUCAAUAUAAUAUCGUUUAGUGCAGGGAGAAAGGGGUGCAUGGGUUCGAAUAUUGGGUCGGCCAUGACGUACAUGCUACUGGCUCGGUUGAUUCAAGGGUUCACGUGGUCAUCAAUGCCUGGUGAGGAUAAAGUGGACAUUACUGAAAGUAAGACUGACCUUUUCAUGGCAAAACCUUUACACGCAGUUGGAACACCUCGUCUGGCUCCACACGUUUACUCAAUCUAAUUGAGAAAGUGAACAUUUUAGUUAAAAAAUGUAGCAAGAAUUGCAUGUGACGGUAUUGGUUUCGUUCGAGUCGCUAGCGUGUGUCCUUUUGUUGGCCUUUUUCGUUUCAUAUUUUCGUAAUUUUAUUUCAUUUCUGUCUACUAUAUUUUAAUGUUUUUAGCAUAUCUUGUUUUUCUUUCUUUCACCAGUUCCUCAAUGAUGUUUUAUUCUAUGUGAGGUUUUAUCAAAUAAAAGUGGAUUGAUGCUUA